AAUUGGCGACGAGGGUAUUGAAAUCUAUAAUACAUUCAAGCUAAGAAGUUCAGCGAAAUUAGCAGAUGUUAUAGACAAAUUCAAGAAAUAUUGUGAACCUAAAAAGAAUUUGAUUUACGAGAGAUACAAAUUCUUAAGCUGGAAUCAAAAAGAGGGACAAUCGUUGACGCAAUAUAUAUUAGAAUUGAAAACCAAGGUAGCAACGUGCGAAUAUGAAAAGGACAUGGAAAUGGUGAGAGACAAGCUGAUAAUGGGGAUUUGUGACAACCAACUUCGGGAAAAAUUACUACAAAUUGAAGAUUUGACCAUGGCAAAAGCAGAAGAAAUUUGCCAAAUUUUCGAGACAAGUCGUAAGCAGACAACGGAAAUGGGCAAUAAAGGAAUGGAAACGGCAAUGGAUGCAAUCCAGGAAUAUUCACGGCAAAUCGAGGAAACUUUGAGCGGAAUAAGAUAAGUAACUCAAAUUUUAAUAAAAAGAAUCAGGUCCAUUUAAUUUGUAAAAAAUGCAAUUUGAAUCAUGAACAAAAUAAAUGUCCAGCAUAUGGUAAAAUAUGUAGAUUUUGCAAGAAAAUGAAUCACUUUGAAACUUGUUGUAUAAAAAAGAAGUUCCUUAAAUCCAAGAAAAGAGAGGUUAAUGAAAUAAAUGAAGAAUUCAUAGAUUCCGAUUCUAGUGAUAAUUUUUUGCUUGAAACUGUAAAUAUAGUAGAGACAGAAAAUGACAUAGUUGAAAAUAUUUCUGAAUUAAACAUUAUAAAUGAAAUAACUGAAAAUGUUAAGAUUAAUGAUAAAAUUGUGUGUUUUAAGGUCGACACUGGAGCUCAAUGUAAUAUUCUGCCUGCCAAUGUUUUUCAAAGUCUGAUAAAGAGCAAGAAAAGUGGUUCAGGGCUACAAAUAAACAAAAAUCAGAAAGUGAAUUUAGUUGCUUACGGUGGAUGCAAGCUGGAUGUAAGAGGAUCCAUACAUAUUAACUGUAAUAUAAGGAAUAAGGUAUACAAUUUGAAAUUUUUAAUUGUAGAAGAGCAGGGUAAACCAAUUUUAGGGUUAGAAAUUAGUAUGAAAUGCAAUUUAAUAGAUAGACAUGAUUUUGGUAUAUCACCUGCUCAAUUAUUACUCAGUCGUCGUCUGAAAGAUGACAUACCUGUAAUGGAUCACUUGCUUCAGCCUAUAGCGAUAAAUAAGAAAUUUAUUCGUGAGAAAUUUGAAAAUAGAAGGUUGAAACAGAAAAAUUAUUAUAAUAGACAUGUAAAAAACUUGGCAGAAGGAAAAAUAGGUGAUAGGGUGUUGUUUAAAUAUAAAAAUGUUUGGAAAGAAGGAAAGAUUGUUAAUUUAUGUGAGGAACCACGAUCUUAUCAUGUCAUAGAUAUUGAGAAUAGAAUUUUCAGAAGAACUAGACAACAUAUCAUUUUGCUCAAUAAUAGUUAUUUCAAAUUUCAUAAUGAUAAAACAAAUGAAGGUACAUGGAAAAUCACAGAUCCUGAAAAUCUUGUAGAUAUUAAUAGAGCUAGAUUCAGUCUGAAUAUGUGUAAGAAUAAGCAUGAUUAUAACUUGAGAGAGAGAAAAAAAAUCAACUUUAAAGAGUAGUAUUUCUUUAUUAAUAUGUACUCACAUAAUAGAUGAACUAAGUAAGCUUAGGUAGACUAGAAUUAGAUAGUUAGGUAUAAUGUUAGUUAUAGAUUAGGUUGAAUAGAAUGAGAUAAUUAUAUUGUAUAAAAAAAUAAAAAAAAAAAAUGAAAAAGAAAAAAAAAAUAAUUAAGAUAUGACUUCAGCUUAAGGGGAGAGAUGUAACAUAGUCAACAUUGUAAAUAGUUAGUUUUUAAGAAUUAUAUCAAAUCUGGCAACAACGCAUCGAUAUGGUACCUGCAAAUAUGUUUAAUACGAUGCAUUCAAUGUAGAGACAUAAAUAAGAUAGAAACAAUAAAUAUAAAACUGCCUUAUCAGUCAUAUGUGAAUAUCAUUUAAAAACCUGAAGAAAUCUCGCUCGACAAC